AUGCAACGCCUUGGGCGAUACGCAGGAAAUUUUCUCUUGUUCAGGAAAACACAGCCGAUUCGAUUCUUCGGGACCCAAACCUCGCCGCAUCUGAAUGACACUUUACAUAGAUGGAUCAUGGCCACGAAAGAAAGGAGACUAUGGAGGGUUAAGGUUACUCCUGUGCUUGACGAAUGGGUCAAACAAGGCAGAAAAAUAAACCCUACGGAUCUAAGAGGCGUCAUCAAUGCCCUCUGCGAGUCUCAGCGAUUCACUCACGCCCUUCAGGUAUCAGAGUGGAUAACUCAACGAAGGGUUUUCGAUCCAAGCCCUGAAGAUUAUUCAGCUCGACUUUAUCUUGUUGAGAUCCAAUCAGGAUUGACAGAAGUAGAAAAGUUCUUCAAAAGCAUUCCCGAGAACAUGAAGGAAGACUCGGUCUACACAACUCUCUUAAGCCUUUACACAAAAUCCAAGGAAACAAGGCACGAGGCGGAAGCCAUUUACCAGAAGAUGAGGGAGCUAAAUCUUCUCACGAAACCUAACCCUUACUACCUUAUGAUAUCUCUCUACGGCCUUCUUGGAGAAAGAAACAUGGUCGACGAGAUUUCGAGGCAGAUGAAGGAGAACGGAGUAGAACAUGACAGGAUUCUCACGGCCAAUAACGUUUUGAGUGCUUACGCUAGUAUACCUGAUAAUGUGGAGGCAAUGGAGAAGUUCUUGAAUGGAAUAGAAGGCGAAGAUCCGCGAUUCGUGUUAGCGAAGCAAACGGGAAAAAUCAUGGCAAAGGCGUACUUAAAAGCUGGUUCCAGUUAUAAGGCGAUAGAGAUUCUUAAAAGAACCGAACUAGCUGAUGAUGGUAAGUUGAGAGAGUCAGUGGACAAGUUGUUAAUGGAGAUGCAUGCCGAUGAAAAACAAGACGAUGCGCCUCUUCAUAAGCUCAUCCAUACGAAUGGAAGAAAGAGAAAAAUAUUAAGAGCAUAUGGAAGCAAAGGAGGUGGUGAAGGGGGGUCUUACCUCCUUCCGGGAUAUUACUAUUAUGGUGGCUGUGGCGAUGGCUAUAGCUAUGGCGGUGGCGGUAGCGAUGGUGGUGAAGCUGGUGGUGAUGACGGUGGUGGUGAAGCUGGUGGUGGUGGUGACGGUGGUAGUGGUGGUGGUGGUGGUGGCUGUGGUAGUGCUGGUGCUGGUGCUGGUGACGGUGGUAGUGCUGGUGGUGGCGGUGGUAGUGGUGGUGGGUGUGGUGGUGGUGGUGGUUCUGGUGGGUGUAGUGGUGGUGGGGAUUGA